AGGGAAGUCGUACAUUGGAUGAAAACAACUGAACGAGAUAUUGCAGGACCUCAUCUAUCCCAAGGCCAGCCAUGCGACAGUCAGCUCGUAAACGUUAUCAUUGUCGGACGGAUUCGCGUCCUCGGUUUCCCGGGUACACCUACUCGAUGGCACGUUUUUGUUGUGGUCGCGAUACGGGUACAUGCGAAUGGUAUGAGCAUUUGUGUUAUUGAAAGUGUUUUGAGAGUAAAGUAUUUAAACCCCAAAAUGAGUGAAUCAUCUACACUUACUCUUUAAAUAUAAGUUUCUUAUCAAUUGAUAUUUAAUAGAGCAGUGAAUUUGUUACAAACAAAUGUUUUUUUGUGCAGAUAUUACUUUGAUGGAUAUAGAAAGUGAAGAUCUCAACUCGUGCUAUUUAUAGUCCGCGCAGAAUGUGAAGUGUUUUCGUUUCUUGCUCUAUACAUAUGUUAUUCAACGGUAUGCAGUUCACACCUCUGUUUGAAUAGUUUAUGCAAUUACAGCACCCAUCGGAUACAGUUGCAACAUCACGUCUGCAUUGGACAACCGCAUACUAGCGAGCGCAUCAUUCGUUCGCCCAUGUCAUCUCAUUAGAACCAUGCGAGUAUUUGCUAGACUUUUCAUAAAAAUUAAACACACGCAAAACAUUAUCCGACAUUUAUGUUGUUGUGAACAACAGUUUCAUCAAUCAAUAUCAAUGGAUUACUGUAGUGCAAUUAUGCAGAGACAUAAAAUAUGACUCUUGCUGUAUCGUAGUAUUGAACAUGUAGUGGAUUAGAAAAAAGAAGUCCAACUGAACCGAGACUAUCCCAUAGAACCAAACAACCAACCAGCAACGGCAAAAAUUCUAAAGGUGUCCAAGGAGAUGAAUUCAACCUGGCGUGUGAUAGUAUUUCUAAUAAUACUAUGGCGAAUUUGCUACAAUAACAAUCUCUUGGUCCACGGCUGUCCUCUGGAGUGUAUCUGUCUAUCACAAACACAGGUCAUGUGCAACACUGGCGCUCUGCGUGAGAUACCAUUGAAAGCCAUCCCUGUCACGGUAGAGCAACUGUCACUCACCAAAAACUACUUCCCAAUCAUCAAAAGUGAUGCAUUUGGAGGAUUGAGAGCGUUACGAAAGCUGUCACUCGAUGGCAAUAACAUCACCACUAUUAAACCAUUUGCUUUCCGUGGUCUACCUCGGCUGCGAGAUCUCUCGAUUCAACAUACCCCUCUGGCAACGGUUGCAUCAUUUGCCUUUGCCGGGCUGCAGAACGUCUCGCAGAUACAGCUGUCACACAACAAAAUCCUACGCAUCGAAGGGUACGCAUUUGCCGGGGCCGUCAACGUUCGACAGAUACAUCUCGCCGACAACCCAACCGUAACGAUCGAGACGAACGCAUUCUCCAGUCUUAGCAACGUCGAUCGACUCAUCCUACCGUCGGGUAUACGUGUGAUCGAGCCGGACGCUUUCUAUGGGCUCGAAACGGUUGGCUACCUGAAGCUUUCUUUUAUGGAUCUUGCCUCCCUGGAGCCGUACACAUUCCGGGGCCUGACGCACGUCAAACUGCUCUCCCUGCAAGAAUCUGAUCUAGGUAUCAUACGAGCUGGCGCCUUUGAGGGUCUUGUGCAGGUCGAGUUGCUCAACAUACUCAAUAACAAAAUUGAUGCCAUUCAGGAGCUCAACAUUACUGCGGCCAAUAGAAUUAAGGUGCUUCGGAUUCAGGGUAACCAUCUGCUCGAAACCCCCGAAAGUGGCUCGAUCGUGCUUGAGGGCAUCGAUACACUGCAUGUAAAUAGUAACUACUUCCCAUGUGGAUGUCACAUCCACACGCUCCUAGAUAGUCCCCUCUCCAACGGUACUUACUUGUCACACAGUGGGGCUCCCGCCGGUGACUUCCUCUCCAAGAACUACUGCAUCUCCCCGCUCGAGGUGAACGGGAUGCCAAUGAGCUCAAUCGAUAUAUACUCAAUCGGGCGCUGUCUUGAACAGGUUACACGAGAAAAUCUCGAAGCAGCCAACUCAGUCAUAUCAACUAUGCUGCGGGGACAGUCUUGGAACAGGUGGCUGCAGUGGCAAAGUGAACAUAGUAAGCGAUCUCAAGAGACGACACUUAUUUCAGCUGUCUCGUCGGCUGUGCGGUUUCUGGCGGCAUCGCCUAUCAUAGCAAUUAAGUUUGUAGUAUACUUACAAAAUUUUAACAUAAAAAUCAGUUGAACUUUACCUUUUUGGUGUCAGUUAGUAAGAUAUUUUUUUAUGAAAUCAGAACAAUUCGAUUUCUUCUUAUUCGGUUCCGAAGACGUAAAUCUGUAUACUGUAAAGUCGGAUACUGUAAAUCUAGAAUAACUAAUUACAGAGUUGCGCUUAAACAUAAAAAUAGUGUAUCAGUCACUUGUCAAAAUAUGUUAAAGGUAAUGAUCUAAUCUUCUUUUUAAUUAAUAUGGCCUUAGAUUGCUUUCCUGUGCAGCAGUUACAAUAUCAGUAUUUUGACAAAAAAAAAUCAACAUAAAGUUCGUUGUUUUAAUUAUUUUUUUUUUAAUUUCAAAAUUUUCAUAAUUGAAUAUCAUUUUUAAGCCAUAUUAUUCAUAUAACUCAUCAAACGAUAUUUUCUUCGAUGCCGUCAAUCGAAAGUAGUUAGAGUAACUGCAUUAUUAGUUAGACUUGUUUGCAUUUAGCGAGUUCAUUUUAUUACAUUUUUUAUUUAACAACUAAUGUAAUUUAUGAGAGGAAAUCAAUAAAUUGAUAAAAUAAUAAAUUAAUAGAUGAUUACAUGAUUUGUUUAUUUCAUUUCCCACUCCUGCUUCUGUUGUAAGAGCCACUAUACAAAUAUUAUGUGCUUAUCAUUCGAGCAAACCAUAUAUAAUAAACAAUAAAAUGCUUCACCCGAAAACGCCUUUUUAUGAUUUUUUUGCCCCAACAUAGGAUAACAUAGUCAAUAAUAAUCUUUUCAAUAAUUAUCCCGAUAUUUUUAAAACAUGAAUAUAUAAUUUACAUUCUAUCAAUAGAAUUGUUUUAUUUUUGUUUCGUUUCACUUUAAAAAUGCCUAUGCUACACAAUGCUAGCCUAUGUUGCUGACAAGAUUCCUUCUUCAAUGCCCAUCUUUGCAAGAAAUUUGUGGUUUCUUCCGUCAAAUAUACUUUAUGGUAGUUCAAGGAGUUUCUGUUAGAAAGUUGAAAAUAAAAUACUGUUCUACAUUGAGCCCAAAUUAUCAACUGUAUUUUUUUUCUUUUUUUUCUUUGGCGCAACAAACGCAGUCGGACAAGCACUAUCAUUGCUACUGAUGGUCUUAGCUCUCAGUGACAUAAUUUAUUACCCAUUGAAAAAUAACCAGCAAAAUACUACGAGAGACACGGUACAUACGAGGC